UACUCCGACCGCCUCAGCUUCACUGCUGGAUCCCUGAAACCACCGGGACUUAAUAAUCUCACACACCCACCAAACACUCCUCUGUCAGCAUGUGAGGAAACGUGGAGUUAUUAUCUUUUCAUUUAUAGCAGCUCCGCCUCCACCAUGAGCUUCCCCUCCAGCUUGAUGGCUGGUCCGGGGUCAGAGGUCAGCAGUGACACCUCCUCUCUGGUCUCUUUGGAGUCGAGCGUUUUCCUCAGCGAGACGAUGAUGUCCUGCAUCAGAGACCCACUCAACUUCUUCAUCAUUAAUGUCGGCGGGAGUCGCUACGUGCUGUCGCAGGAGCUGCUGGCGUCAUACCCGGAGACCCGGCUGGGGAAACUGGCCUGCUGCAGCCCAGACUCGGCACUGGAGCUCUGUGAUGACGCAGACUUGCUGGAAAACGAGUUCUUCUUUGACAGGAACUCCCAGACCUUCCAGUAUGUGAUGAACUACUACCGGACGGGCCACCUGCACGUCAUGGAGGAGCUAUGUGAGAUCUCUUUCCUGCAGGAGAUCGAGUACUGGGGCAUCGAUGAGCUUCGCAUCAACCCCUGCUGCCGUGAGCGCUACUAUCGCCGCAAGGAGCAGAAGGAAGGCCUCGAAGUCCAGCGAGAACUUGAUGGCGAUGAUGGUGACGAGAAUUUUGUGGGUGCCGCGUGCCCGGCUCUCCGCCGCCGCCUCUGGGAUGUCCUCGAGAAACCCGAGUCAUCACGUGUUGCUCGGACCUUUGGCUCGUUCUCGAUGUUUUUCGUGGUGUUGUCAGUCAUCAACAUGGUGCUUAUCUCGCUGGACUUGGGGGAGGACUUUGGAGUGGGUGGCCUUGGCAUCAGUGCACCACUGCUCUUUGAUGUCCUGGAAUACGUAUGCGUCGUGUGGUUCACAUUCGAGUUGGCGCUUCGGUUUCUUUGCGUCAGGGAUAAGUGUCGAUUCUGUCGGCGUAUUCCCAACGUGAUUGACCUGCUGGCCAUCCUCCCGUUCUAUGUGACGCUGGUGGUGGAGAACCUCCAUGGAGGAUCUACUGAGCUGGAGAACAUGGGCCGUGUGGUGCAGGUCCUUCGCCUCCUGAGGUCCCUCCGCAUGCUGAAGUUGGGCCGGCACUCGACAGGUUUGAAGUCUCUGGGUAUGACUAUCGCUCAGUGCUACGAGGAGGUCGGCCUCCUGCUCCUCUUCCUCGGUGUUGGCAUUUCCAUCUUCGCCACUGCAGUUUUCGCCCUGGAGCACGACCUUCCUUCCACCACCUUCACCAGCGUUCCCGCUGCCUGGUGGUGGGCAACCACGUCUAUGACCACAGUAGGCUACGGGGACGUUCGGCCCGACUCGGCGGUGGGGAAGGUGCUGGCCUUCCUCUGCAUCCUGUCUGGGAUCCUCAUCCUGGCACUCCCCAUCGCCAUCAUCAACGACCGUUUCUCUGCCUGCUACUUCACCCUGAAGAUGAAGGAGGCAGCGAUGAGGCACGGCGAGAUGCUGAAGAGGCUGACCCGUGGUUCGGUGGGGGAGGCGGGGCCGGGCAUGAACCUGAGGGACGCCUAUGCCCGGAGCGUGCUGGAGAUGAUGAGGCUGCACGGCCGAGAGAGGGCGAGCACCCGGAGCAGUGGCGGAGAGGAACUGUGGUGGUAGAACCGAGAGAACGAGACCUGCAGCAAGAACGAAACAGCCCCACCCCGGUGACCUCUGACCCCUCUAACAAACACACACAGGAUGACUCCAGCAAAUGUGGCUGCAGAGCCUCUGAUUGGACGUGCUGGACAGUCCUACCAGGACCCAAAGAGCCUCUGCGUGAAGUGCAAAUCUUCUGCUGCAGGACGACGAGUUCGACGUUCAGAGAAACUUCCAGAAAAACUGAGCCCACUGCAAACCGUGUGCACAUCAGCACCGACGCACACGGACCGUCCCGCUGUAUGUUCUGUAUGCCACGUAUGAGUCUGACGGCUGGGAGAGCAGCAUGUUCUGGUUUUCAUGUAAAUCUGUGAGUUUUUCUUGGAAAAUUGUGCGUUUUUCUCAUUAAUUUACAACUUUAUUUUAAAAAAAAUUUAUUUACUGUGAAUAUUAAUCCCGCUCCCAAAAUAAAACAGGAAAUGACUAAAAUAAAGACAUGGACUGUGCAGGACAGUUACAAAACAUGGAGGAAAACUCAAAAAAUUAUCCUAACAAUAAUAAAAAAACAUUAAAAUGCAGCCGGUUUAAUAUCUGAUUAUAACCGUCUGCCAUCUCCAUUUAAAGAGCACGUGCAGCCGGGUCUGCUGUUCCUUCACUGUACUAGAUUCAUGAAGCCGUCCAUCAGCAGCUGCACCUCUGACCUUUGUGGAAAUAAGCUGGAGGACUGAAACACUGGAACCUCCUCGGCUGUUGACUUUAUCUGCAGACACUUUAAUAAGUCAGGAGCCUUCAGGGUGCAGCUCUGCUGGAAGAUGUAGGUAAAAUAUUCAGAGGAGGUGGAAGCAGACGUCUUCCUCUGCGGUUUUACUUGGAUGACAGCAGCUGCAGAUCAUUUCUGGACUUCAUGUUCUGAAAAUUUCCCCCGGUGUAACUCUACAGGCACACGGGGGUUUCUGCUUCUGCAGGUUUGACUGAUUCUCUGCAAAGAUUACGUUUUCAUUAAAAAAACUGAUAUUGCUGCCAGCAGUAUCUUUAGAUGGCACGAAUCAGAAGUUCUAUAACACAGAAGUGUGUCCAGACUGUUGACUGGUACCGUAAUUACAGGUCUCAGUAGAUCUUCAUGGGGCGGACAUGAGCCUCAGUGACUUUAUUCACCAUCUUUAUUCAAUUCAAAAGCAAAUGCCUAAGUAAGACCCAGCACUAAGUAAUGCUAAAAUCAUAAUAAAUAUGAAACACUGAGUGAAUACUGUCACAUUCUGUGAUGGCAUUAUUAUGGUAAGAACUAAGUCAUCCUAGGUGACCUCAUUCUUAAGUUAUCGCAUUCAGAGUUGAAAAUUGGCUGCCUGCCUGGCAGGGUGUCAACAUCACACUGAUGGAGUGAAAAUUAAAUCCCUUCAUUAUUCAAAUCCUACAAGAACUGAUCCAGAUCAGACACGCUCCCUCCUCCAUCGUCCUCUGCUCAGCAUGAACUCCAGGCUAAAUUUGAUUGGCUGUUGUUGGGUUUGUCCAGACAUGCCAUAGUUACCUUGAAAAAGUAAUCUGAUUACUGAUUACUCCUUUAAAAAGUAACUUAGUUACUUUACUGACGUUACUCCCCGAGACACAAGAAGAAAGCAAAAAUAUACCUUUUUACUAAAGAUAAUGAUAAAAAUGGUAACACACAGUAACAUGGAUAAGUAACUUUAAUCUGAUUACUGGACUGGAAAUAGUACCUCAUUAGAUUACUCGUUAUUGAAAAAAAAGUAGUCAGAUUAGCGUAACGCGUUACUGACCUCACUGGGUUUGUCUUACACACCUCAGACAGAGACAAUAAAACUGUUUCUGAAGCUCGUUUUUGUUCUUACCUUCUUAAAAAAAAAACCCUUUCUAAUCAUGAC